AUGCGAGACACUCACUGGUUAUUUCUCAUAUUAUUUUGUAUCACAGGGGAGAGUUAUGUAUGUGGAUCAAUUGAGCCUUACAAGGAUCUGGAAUACACUAAGAACGUCAACCCCAACUGGUCAGUCAACGUCAGGACCGCGGCAUCGGCACGAGUGCCUACCUCUCUGGCCAGCGCCAAGGCUGGUUCUAUGGAAACCAAGGAUAACAAGGAUUUCAUCCGACCCAAACUGGUGACCAUAAUCCGCAGUGGGGUAAAGCCUCGGAAAGCCGUGCGUAUCCUUCUCAACAAGAAGACGGCCCACUCGUUUGAGCAGGUUCUCACGGAUAUCACAGAUGCCAUCAAACUGGACUCUGGAGUGGUCAAGAGGCUUUAUACGGUGGAUGGUAAAAUGGUGACAUGCCUUCAGGACUUCUUUGGCGAAGAUGAUAUAUUUAUUGCCUGCGGCCCCGAGAAGUUCCGCUACCAGGAUGACUUCCUAUUGGAUGAGAGUGAAUGCAGGGUGGUGAAGUCGCAGUCCUUUGGCCGUAUUUCUUCCAUGCAGGGCCGCUGCUCUCCCCGCAGUGGUGGACCGUCAAGAAGGAGCAAGUCCCCUGGUUCCAGCAGCUCAGUUGGAACUUUUCGCAGAGAUCUGGGUGGCGACCUCUUUGAUGCCAUCACCUCCUCCAACAAAUACACAGAGCGGGAUGCCAGCGGGAUGCUGUAUAACCUUGCCAGUGCUAUCAAAUAUCUGCACAACCUUAACAUUGUUCACCGUGACAUCAAACCUGAGAAUCUUCUGGUCUAUGAGCACCAGGAUGGAAGCAAAUCCCUUAAACUGGGGGAUUUCGGAUUGGCAACACUUGUGGACGGACCACUUUACACUAUAUGUGGCACCCCAACCUAUGUAGCUCCAGAGAUCGUCGCAGAGACGGGGUAUGGAUUGAAAGUUGAUAUCUGGGCGGCCGGGGUCAUAACAUACAUAUUGCUUUGCGGCUUCCCUCCUUUCCGUGGGAGCACAGAUGACCAGGAAGCUUUUUUUGACCAGAUUCUGAUGGGACAGCUGGAUUUCCCUCUUCCAUACUGGGACAAUGUUUCUGACUCUGCAAAGGCACUUAUUACCUGCAUGCUACAGGUGGAGGUCGACCAGAGAUACACUGCUCUACAGGUGUUAGACCAUCCCUGGGUCAAUGAUGACAGGAUGUGUGAGAAUCAGCACCAGCUGUCUGUGGCCGGCAAGAUUAAGAAACAUUUCAACAUGGGGCCCAAACCCAACAACACCACAGCAGGAGUCACUGUCAUAGCAACCACCCCUCUUGAUAAGGAGAGGCAGGUUUUCAGACGAAGACGCCACCAGGAUGUGAAAGCGGCUGCUCCCCGCUGCACCCAGAGCACCUUCCCCUCCAGUGCCGCCCCCGAGUUCACCUCAGAGUCAGAGGACAUUUCCCCCAGCUCGGCCGAGACGGUCCGCUCUCCCACAUCACCGUUUUAAGCCCAAACCCGGUCUUGGCAGGAACCAAUGGAAAAUUAUCUAGAA